CCUGUCUAUAAAGGUAUCAUCCAGAUAUAAAUAUCAACUUUGCACUCUGGUUAUAAGGCUUCAGAGUUAUUUAAGAGUUUCUGCAAGUCAUUAUUACUGCAGUUAUAGUUCCUGUCAGCUAUGGGAAACCUUCUCAUCCACCUGUUCCUUAUUGUUGUGCUCCUGCAGCGUUCCUUGGCUCAAGCAGGCAAGUAUACAACACAAAGUAAAACCAGAUCAUCUCCAAACUGAGCCACAUUACUUUAAUCAAAUGUGUUGUGGAAACAUUCUGUGCUUCUGUGUAUUAGAGAGCUCUGGACCUGAUGUGAUUUUAAAAGCCGGCACUGUGCGAGGACAUUACACAGCAGUGAAAGGUGUAGAGCAGCAGGUUGAGGAGUAUUUAGGCAUUCCGUUUGCUCAUCCACCUGUGGGGCCCUUGAGAUUUGCUACCCCCCAGCCAGCUGAGCCCUGGGAUGGGGUAAGGGAUGCAACUAAAAUGCCUAAAAUGAGGGUUCCUAAGGUGAUGGUGUGGAUCCAUGAGGGAGGCCUGGCUUCAGAGGGGGGGGGGGGGGGCUUCCAGUAUGAUGGUUCACCCCUGGCAGCCUAUCAGAAUGUGGUUGUGGUUGUCAUUCAGUAUCGCCUUAGUAUUUUGGGAUUCCUAAGCACCGGUGACCAGCAUUCACCUGGUAACUGGGGCUUCUUGGAUCCAAUUGUCAGCCUUGAGUGGGUUUGUGACAACAUUGCAGCCUUUAAUGGAGACCCAAAUUCAGUACUGUGUCCAUUAGCUGAGGGUUUAUUCCACAAAGCUAUCGCCACGAGUGGAGCUGCACCACUGGAGCCCCAUUACACCAGCAAUCCACUGGCUAUGGCCCAGAUGAUAGCCAAUCUGACUGUGAGAGCAGCAACAGUGGGAAGCUUGUUGAGUGUCUCAAAGGCCGAUUUAAAGCAUCAAGAAUUCCAGAAGGUUCCUAUGAUGAUAGGACUGACCAAUCAUGAAUUUGGAUGGAUGCUGCCAAAGGUAAAAUGGCAAGACCGUUUAUAUGUCAACAUGGAUAUCAUUUGGUCAUGUACCAAAAAGCAUGCCUCAGGUGCAAAUGAUUUAAUACUGAAUGAAUACCUGCGACAGGCAGACUCCCCAGAGGACGUACACGCGGGUGUGCCUGUGUACAUGUACGAAUUUCAGCAUUGUCCUCUGAUGCACGGCAGCACGAGACCCACUUUUGUCAAAGCAGACCACUAUGAUGAUUCUUUGUUUUUUCUCGGAUCCUGCUUUUGUACAGGACACACGGUGGUUACAGGACACAUGUCACAAGAAGAGGAGGAACUUAGUAAGCUCGCAAUGGAGUACAUAAAAAACUUUGCACGCAGCGGGUCUCCAAAUGGGCCUGGACUAGUGGAUUGGCCUCUUUACGACCACAACAAAAACUACCUGAAUCUGAAUCUGCAGCAGACAGUCGGCCAAGGACUGGAGCAGAACAGAGCUCAGGUCCUUGAUGUGGUCCUAAAGUCUCACACUGUUAAUGAUGAACUCUAAUCUGAGAUCCACUCAAAGUGCAACAUGCAGAGCGAGGAGGAUGUUGAAUUUCAGAGUUUUUUGUUAGGUGUGUAACGUCUUUGUAGUUGGAUGUGGUUCUCGUUAAUCUGGCGGACCUCCCAGUUUGUGUUUUGUUUUGUACAGGUGCAUUCAAGUACGGGCUGUGGUGUCUGAGCCACCUGGGAAAAGAAAGAUACAAAAUGUUAAAUUUCUUUGCCUUUUUUUAACAAGUGAAAAUGGCAGGCUUAUUCUCUCCUCUGGUUUGUUGUACCUGAGAUUUGAGGACACGUAGCUCACUGUGAACUUUUCGAAACUUCUUCUCCUGUUCCAAAUUCUUCUCCUUAAGCUUCUCCCUAUCCUUGCGCUCCGUCAAAAAGUCUUCCUUGUAAAUCUGGGCCUGAAAAAGGACAAUAAAGAAAACAUUUUAUAAAGAUUAAAUUGAGCAAGACCAAUAAAGGAAUAGACAAACA